AUGACGAAAGACGCUCAGGUGCAGCACACUGACUCCAUCACCUCUGCUAGAGCAGUGGGUGUGGAGGGCAACAAUGUUGCAGACAUCGAGACCGCCAACUAUGCAGGUGCUCCUGUUGAGAUUGACGACGCGACCAACAAGGAACUCUUCUGGACUGUAAACAAGCGCAUCUUGGCCUGUAUGCUUGGAACCUAUUUCUGCCAGUCUCUUGACAAGGGAACCCUCGGUUUCUCUUCCGUCAUGAACAUCCAGGAAGAUGCGAAUCUUCAUGGACAGCAGUUCUCAUGGCUCGGCACAAUCCUUUACAUGGGCGUCCUCGUUGGCGAAUACCCCACCAACCUCCUCCUCCAGAAGCUCCCCGUCGCGAAAUAUCUUGCUGUCAAUGUCUUUUGCUGGGGGUGUGUCAUUACUUGCUCCGCGGCUGCCAAGAACUUUGCCUCGCUCAUGGUUGUUCGGUUUCUUCUGGGUGUUUUCGAGUCUUGUGUGCAGCCUUCGUUCAUCAUCAUGACGAGCAUGUGGUACACGAAACGGGAACAGUCUAUCCUUACAUCUCUCUGGUACUGCAUGACUGGCGUUCAACUGAUGGUCGGUGGUAUCAUUGCGUGGGGAGUUUCCCACUACAAGAACGGAGUCAUCUAUUCGUGGCAGCUUCUCUUCCUCGUCCUCGGCCUGGCCACCUGUGUCUGGGGCGUCUUUAUUGGAUGGUGGCUUCCCGACUCCCCCAUGAAGGCCAAGUGCUUCAACGAGGACCAGAAGCGCCUGAUGGUUGAGCGUGUUCGAGCCAACGAAACCGGUAUUCAGAACAAGUCGUACAAGCGUUACCAAGUUGUUGAAGCCGUGACGGACCCAGUUGUCUGGUGCUAUGUCAUGCUUCAGCUCACUUCGACUCUCAUCAUUGGCGGUUUAGGUGUUUUCUCGAACUUGAUCAUUUCUUCUUUCGGCUUCACCUACCUCCAGACUCAGCUCCUCAACAUUGCUCAAGGUGCGGUUACCAUCAUUGUCAUGGUUGGAAGUGCUACUUUGGCAACGGCUACUGGGCAAACCGCUUGGGUGAUGCACGCAUGGACUGUCCCUGCUAUCAUCGGAACGGCAGUCAUCUACAGCAUCCCACCAAACCAUUCCAACCGUGUGGGACUGCUCAUUGCCUUUUACUGUACCCAGUUCUACCUUGCUGAAGGCAAUCUGAUUUUUUCCCUCAUUUCUCGCAACAUUGCCGGCCAGACCAAGAAGUCGACUACACUGGCUAUUACCUUUGUUGCUUGGGCUGCUGGCAACAUGACUGCCCCUCAGAUCUUCCAAAAGUCCGACGCGCCUCGUUACAAGCAUGGCUUCACCGCCCAUUUCUGCCUUUACGGCCUCUUCAACAUUUUCCUCGUCAUUCUUCGACUGCUGCUGACUCGCCGAAACGUUCUGAAGAAGGCCGCCGCUGAGGUGUCUCACGCGGACGCUGGCAGUGAAAAGGAAGAGGAUCAUGUCCAGCAUCGCAAUGCGUUUGCUGAUAUGACGGACAAAGAGAACCCCGACUUCCGAUAUGACACUUAA